AUGGCAAGUUAUUUACGUAACAUAUUUCUAAGAUCCACCACUACACCUUCUUCUCAGAAAAAAAUUCUUCCACCUAUAAAGGAUUUAGAGUUACGACAAACAGCCCUGAAAGCGUAUGGGCAAAAAUAUGUUUCGGAAAGGAAUCAUUCUUUUACUCGGUUGGCUUUACUUGGUGAUAGUUUAUUGGGAUAUCAUGUUGCUCAUCACCUUCAUCAAAAAUUUCCAUAUUACAAUAAUGGACAAAUUACCGCCUGUCGAGCGAUGCUAGUUUGUAGUUAUCAAUUAAAUUAUUUCGCAAUUGAAUGGGGACUUGAUCGAAUGAUGAAUGUCGAUUUUAAAUUGACGAGAUCAAAUACUAGAAUAUUAGGUGAAGCACUUGAAGCAUAUAUUGGAGCUUAUUACUUAGAUGCCUGUACACUAUAUGGAGAUAGCGAUGGUCAUAUGAAGGUGAGAGAUUUAUGCAUCGAGCUGGUGGAUCCUUUACUUGAACAGAUGAUGAAAACGUGGAAACAAGAAAGUACAAUUAAAGCUUCAGAGAAUUAUCUCGCUACCACCGAAAUAAAAAAAGUAAAAAAAGAGGCACAAGCGACUAAAAAAACCGCCAAACAAGCUAAAGCUUCUGAAACGAAGAAUAAUGUACAAAAUGUUAUUAAUGUUGUUAAAGAUGUUAAGGAUGGUAAAAAAGUGGCUCAAAAAAAUGAAUUAGAAAAAAAACCAGUAGCAAUAAAAGAAACGAAAGAAACAAAAGUAAUCAAAGAGAUAAAAGAAACUAAAGCAACAAAAACUGUGGUAGUAGAAUCUUCUUCUAAAUUACCAUCAUCAACUCUUCAAGUUGCGAAAGUUGCAGGAACAAAAGAAUCAAAGGAAUCAAAAGGAACAAAGGAAAUAGUUAAUCCAGCGAAAACAAUAGUUGUAUCAACAAAACAAUCGAAAGUUAUUCCAAAAGAUAAUAAAGUUACGCAAAAGGACAAUAAAGUUAUACCAAAAGAAAAUAAAGUUACGCCAAAAGAAAAUAAAGCUAUACCAAAAGACAGUAAAGUUAUACCCAAGGACAAUAAAGUUACACAAAUGGAUUAUAAAGAUGUUCCAACAAAUUUUAAGGAUUAUAAAGCUACUCAAAAGCAUAAUAUUAAGGCCACGCAAAAGGACAAUAAUAAAGUUAUACCAAAGAAUAAAAUUUCACAAAGUAAUAAACCAGCACAAACAAAAACGAUAACAGCGGCAGCAACAGCAACCACUACCACUAUCACCGCCCCGAAAAAUAUAACUCAAAAAAUAACCCAAAACGCUACUCAAAAAAUGGCUCAAAAUGCAACCCAAAAAAUAACUCAAAAUACGAUUCAAGAUAUAAAUCGGUCAAAAGAGAAAAAAGCGAACGAAAGAACAAUAAUUGUUAUUUCAACAAAACCAUUUAAAUUUGAUACGCCACCAAAAGCGAAAGUUAUGAUCAAACCUACACUUGCUACUACUUCUAUCCAGACUACUAUUCGGACUGUUCCUCAGACUUCUAAUACCUCUACUCAGAAUACUCGAGCUGCUACCCAGACUACUGCUCAGACUUCUACUACUUCUGCUACUCGAACUGCUACUCAGGUUACUACUAUUUCUACUCAGAAUGUUACUCGGACUUCUACCCAGACUCCUAUUCGGACUCCUACUCGGACCCCUACUCAGACUGCUGCUGCUACAAAAAAAGUAACAAAUACUGUAUCCUCCUCAUCAACAGCAACAAAAAAACGAAUUAAUAAUAAUAAUGUAACAAUUAAUAGUGGUAGUAGUAAACCAUCAUCAUCUUCCAUGAAAUUAGAAAAUAUUCCACAAUCUCCUCCUUUAACACCACCAAUUACUUUAAAUGCUACUAUUGCUGCUAGUUCUGUUACCGCUAGUACCGUUAAUGCUGCUGCUAAUAAUAAUGAAAAGAUUCCAAACGAACCAAAUACCAUUAUAAUGAAUAAUAAGAAAAUUUCAUCCCCACCAGUGAAAUUAACAAUUCCACCUGAAGGCUUGGAACCAUGUCCCAAUAAGUCAUCUGGAUAUCCGAAUGAUCUUAAAAUCGGAUAUCCAGAUGAAUCCGGAUGA